AUUUUUUCUGCUCCUCAGCGGGCUGUCUCCCAUCCUGAGAAUCUCAGAAAUGGAAUCACUUUCCGUGAGAAAUUUGAUUUCUGCAACUCACAACACCUUCCCAAUCCGACGCCCAGUAAACCCUUUUCGUAUCAGAAGAUUCCACCUCCAAAUUCGCCAUUUUCGCUUCGUUGUCUCCUCCAAACAAUCUUAUUUUCAAGAUUUUCAGGACUACACCAAACCUUUGCGUCUUUUGCCAACCGCAGAAGUUCAAGACUACACUGGAGCCUCACUGGAAAAAAUUCCUUCACUUUUCAGAAAAGACGGAUCUAAGUCUUUAUACAAGGUCAAGAUACAAACAAGUAGCAUCUAUGGCUCAGGCCUGAGUGACAUAAAUGCUGGAGUACUGCUUUGCUUAAUAGACGAAAAUGGUGACUCGAUAUUGCAAAGGAUUCCUGCAAGUUCAAUGAAAGAUCACCCUUCAACAUCAAAGGACAGCAUUGUUUCUGAAACACUUCAUUUCCAAAGAGGUUCUGUUGAUGAGUUCGCAUUUGAAGGGCCUAAACUGGGAAAAGUAGGUGCUAUUUGGAUCAGCCUUGAAUCAGGUCAGUGGAGAUUGGGUGGUGUGAGCUUGACUAUCAUUUGUAGUUGUGAAAGUCCAACGGAAGACACCGAUGAAAAAGAAAGUCAGUACUCUGGUUUCCACUACGAUUUUGAUGUUGAGGAUAUCUUGCUGGGAGAGGGAAGUGAUGUUUCCAUGGUAGAACUUAGACCUCGCCUUGUUACAGAGUUUUCUGGGCUUGAUUCUUUUGCCUUGUCAAGUAGAAACAUCCCCCAAUCAGCUUCACUUGCAAGUCAAGGGAUAUCAAAUGAAGAAAGCAUGAGGGAGUAUGCAGAUUUGAAGUUCUCCUUGUUGCUAUAUGAUACCAUGCUUAUCUUUGUUGGUACACAAAUUGCAUCCCUAUCAGCUGGUGAAAAAGCUGGUUUCGCGUUCUUAACUGGUGGCGUUGGAGGCUUGCUGUAUCUGUUGUUACUACAAAGGUCUGUUGAUGGAUUACCAUCAUCAGAAUUAAAUCCCAUUAACAGGGGAGGGAUUUUUGGACAAUAUAAGGGUCCAUUGUCAAGUGUGGCACUGGCAGUAGCAUUUGUUAUUUUAGCGGUGAAAUACAGCUCAGGAGACAUUCCCCUGGCGUUGACACCAAGAGAACUCGUGGUCGGGAUGAUGGGAUUUCUUGUAUGUAAAGUUGCAGUGUUGUUGGCAGCAUUUAAACCCAUGGCAAUAGGCCUGAAGGAGAACAAGUGAUACAUUUUCUUCUGUUUCCCAUGUUAUAUGAAGGAGAGUUGGUACAUAUUCUGUAAAGGAAACACACUGCUGUAUAUAUUGAAGAUAAUAUCUAUAGGUACUUUUCAUAACAAAGGCUGUAAUCCGUCUCUUACAUCACAUCUAUGUUAGCAUUAACUUUACAGUUAGAAUUAUUUAUCGACAGUUGUUAUUUAAAUGCUUGAUAUACCAGCUAAAUUGAA